CUGAGGGACUGCAAAGAAGUUCUUGGCGCUGGCUACAAGGUUACCGGAAGCUAUCGCCUGAAUCCCACACCUGAGCAGGAAGUGGUAAAUGACGAAAUGGGUCCAUUUCGCGCAUAUUGCGAUCAAGAGACCGCUGGUGGGGGCUGGACAGUCGUGAUGCGCCGUCUCGACGGUUUCGUGAACUUUCAUCGAAAAUGGCAUUCCUAUGCUAACGGUUUUGGAAGUAUAUCUGGGGAGUUUUGGUUUGGAUUGAUUAAAAUGAGACAACUUUGCUAUGACGUUCCGCUUAGCAUCAGAUUCGAUUUUGAGGCAGAGAAUGGUGCCAAGCCAUACGCGGAAUACAGCGACUGUCAGAUAGAUACGUGGGGUACUAGCUACACCUUGAGAGUUGGGAAAUUCAUUGGUAAGACAAAACUAAUUUUUUAGACUCAUGUCUUAGAAUUCCUCAUUUUAUAACUGAAGGCCUGAAUAACAAAUAUGAUUCAUUCAUUCAAGAAUAAGGCAAAUGUAUCCAUUCUCAAAAGCUCUUUCUGCUUUCCCCCCGCUUUUUUUUCUUGCUUUCGCUUCUCAGUAUAGGAAAGGUGCAUGCUAUUGACAACUAUCACAGGAAUGAAUCGGAGCUAACUGCGAGAAUAAAAUCGUAGUUGUACAAACCAUUUAAUUCCCAUCAAUUCUUUGAGCAAGAUAAUAGCUGCCUGUUCUGAAGAUUUGUUUCCUCUUGAGCCGGAGAAAAACGUCCGUUUCAAUUCAAUAAUCUCCUAAUCGUUUACAAAGUCGGGACAAGUUGUUUACGACUUUCCACAGUGUUAGAAAAAAAGAAUUUUCUCUUCUCUACCCAGGAGGCAGGCUUAAGUCGUAAAUUUUUACUACUGAGUCAAUGCUAAUCAGUCAACAAGAUGCACUACCACGCUUCCCUUUUUUUGAGCAGCAAACUGUGCAAUGAAGCUAUGAAUAUAUGAAAAUCAUAUAUGUGAACUGUGGGGUGAAGAAUUAUGAAAGUAGAUCAUCACAGUUAUAGACGCAACUUUUGCAGUCGCAACUGCAAAUUGCGUCUAUAACUGAGAUGAUCUACUUUCAUAUAAAACUGUGGAAUGAGGUACCUACUGCGUUAUCUUUGAAGUGCUUACAACAAAUUAUCGAAAAGUAUGGCAAACACUCGAGCUCCUCGAGAAAUUUUAAGGAAACUUGACCACGUAGAGUAGGGUUUAAAAAUUAAUUCCAGCCUUUCGUUUAAAACUACCCUCGCCAGAAGCAGUCUAGAAGACGUCAAAUAGUGAUACAUUUUAUUAUAUAUGCUUUUCAUGUCGAAAAUGCAUCCUGCCACUUUUUUCCUUCCGAUAUAUCUUUUUAUCCGACCUUGUGCCUUUUUUAACAGGAGGAGGAGCUGGGGAUUCAUUAUCUUCUCUAAAUAAUACAAAGUUUGCGACCCGUGACCGGAGUAACAGUAACACGGUGGGUGACAACUGUCCCUUGCAGUUACAAGGUGGCUGGUGGGUUGCAAGCUGCGAUCAGGAUGCGUUUUUGACAGGGCGUGACGAGAAAGGCAAUCUCACUAUCCGGUGGCGUACUUGGAGGGGUGCAAGUCUGACUAAAAUUGAAAUGAAAGUGAAACCUUCUACAUGA